UAGAAACUUUUAUUUCUUCUUGUCGUUGCGUUGCUUGUCAGCUCGUCGUGCGUUCCGAUUUUGCCGUUUUAGUUUUCAGAAUUAGUGAUUGUAAAAUAUAAACAUAAUACAACUAUAACUACUUUAUAUUAGCAAUUUAGUUUGUGUGUGUGAUUAAAGCUGUGAAAAUGACUGUAGACGGUGAUGAGAAAGCGGCACGGUCGCGUGUUUUCAUGGACAUUUCGAUCGGGGGUCUGCCAUCGGGUCGCUUGGUCUUCGAAUUGUACAAUGAUAUCGCACCCAAGACUGCGGAGAAUUUCCGUGCCUUAUGCGCCGGUGAUAUGGGAGUGGGAAAAAACACCGGCAAACCAUUGACAUAUAAGGGAAUGGUUUUUCAUAGAGUGGUGAAGGAUUUUAUGAUCCAAGGAGGAGACUUUACCAAUGCAAAUGGGACUGGUGGAGAAUCUAUCUAUGGUGGCACUUUUGAAGAUGAGAACUUUGAGUUGCAACAUGACAGACCAUAUUUGUUGUCUAUGGCAAACAGGGGCAAAGACACAAAUGGUUCACAGUUCUUUAUAACCACACAGCCGGCGCCGCAUCUCGACAAUGUGCACGUAGUGUUCGGGCAAGUGAUCGGCGGCGCGGCGCUGGUGCGGCAGCUGGAGGCGCUGCCCGUGGACCGCAACGCGCGCCCGCUGCAGGACGUCACCGUCGCCAACUGCGGCCAGCUCGUCAGGCUCAGCGCUAAGAAACGUAAACCAGAAAAGGAAGUGAAAGAGGAAAGUGAUGCUGAGUCUGAACAGUCUCACAAGAAGGACAAGAAGAAGAAAAAGGAUAAAAAGGAAAAGAAGAAGAAAAGGCACCACUCAGGUCCUUCAGGAGACGAGGAAGAAUCUACAGAUGCUCCAUCCCACCCAUUAGUGACUACUUCCAAGAUAGACCCGCGGGAGAUACCAGAUGUCCCCACCAACAGGUUCCUCAUGCGAGGCGGACGGGACCAGGACGAGAGGGGGGAUCAGAGGAGAGACAGGGAAAGGAUGAGGUAUCGCGAGAGAGAUCAUCGUGGCUACACACGCAGUGGAAGAAUUAUCAAAGGACGAGGAGUAUUCCGCUACCGCACGCCGUCCCGCUCGCGCUCGCGCUCGCGCUCGCUGACGCCGCCGCACUGGCGCCAGGCGCAGCGGCGCAUCAUCAAGCUGUCCGAGUUCGAGCGUGCUGAACAAGAGAGGUCGGACAGAGACCACGAGACUUCAACCAAAAAGAGAGAAGUAGAGAGACAACAAAGCCGCGAAGAUGCGACGACUCCUGACCAUCAUAGUGAGAAGGAGGAAGGGGAGUGUGAUACUACGACUGAGCGUUCUCGCCACGAGAAAAUUGAUUACAACGCUUUGGAUUUUGAAGAAGACAUAGAACACGAUGAGCAAGACGCGACCCACAAGCGCAAGGCGGCGGACAAGCCGGAGCGACGCCGCGACCUCAGCAAGGCCACGCCGGAGAACAGGGCCGCCAUGCUGGCGCUGGCGCUCGGGGUCAACCCCAAACAUGACCAGCAGAGAGACCGCGACGCCGGCCCCUUCUCCCGCGAGGCCCGCGAGCGCCGCCGCGACGUGCUGGCGUCCGCCGUGUACGCGGCGCCCAAGCUGUCCUCCGCUGUCGCCAACGUGGGCGAGGGGCUGGCCAAGCUGCCCUGCGAGGACAAGGGGGACAGGCCCAAGGACGAAUACGAUCCCUUCAGCUUACUGAGGAGCACUUUUAAUCGAGGCGAGAAGAAGGAUCAGAGAAAAGACGAGCGCAUCGAUCGUCGCCAGCGUGAACGUCCUAAUGAAGACAAAGAGCGUCGGCCAAACGAAAGAGAGAACCGACGUGAACGGUUCCGGAGCGAGAAGGACGACAGGGACCGCAAACAUUCGGAAACCAGAACCGAGAAGGAUGUACCUCAUGAUAAGGAAAGAAAACAAUCAGAACACCGAACUGAUAAGGAAGAACGGGACAGAAAACAUUCGGAGCAACGAAGCGAAAGGGACGACAGAGAGCGUAAACUCUCAGAACAUAAAAAUGACAAGGAGACCAGAAGGGAUCGUAAAAAUUCUGAAGCCAAAGACAAAGAAGACAGGGACCGCAAAUAUUCGGAAAGAAGUGACAAAGAGGACAGGGACCGCAAAUAUUCGGAAAGAAGUGAGAAAGAGGACAGAGAUCGCAAACAUUCGGAACAAAGGAAUGAAAAGGAUGACAGGGACCGUAAACAUUCCGAUCAUAGGAAAGACGAUCGGUAUGACAAGAGAGAGAGAUCUGAACGCCGGGAGAAGAGUAGGGAGCGUAGGAGAGAUGAUGAUGAUGACAGGAGUAAGACUAGGGAUGAUGAUAAGGAUAAGAAGAGGAGGAGAUCUCGUACGCCGUCGCCCGCUAAAGAGAGAUCAAAGUCUCGUGACCGCAAGCAAGUAGCGGAGACCCGCGAGAAGAGCGGCGAGCGGACACCGCAAGACGAUGAAAAGAAGAAGGUAGGUCAAGAGGAUGAGAGGAACGAAGCCAGAAAAGAGCUCAUGGAGAUCGUUCGCCUGAUCAAGUCGAGACAGCGCGAGAGAGAGAAUAAGGCUACUGGUCCAACUUUGACAGAGGCGAAGAAGAAACGCGAGUCGUCCGACUCGGACUCGUCGGACUCCGAUCACGGCAAGUCCCGCCGCCGUCGCUCGUCCGACAGGGACCGCCGCCGGAGGAGCAGCUCCAGUAGAGGGCGCCACUCGAGCUCCCCGCGCCGCUCGCGGCGGCGACGCUCGCGCAGUCCGCGCCGCGACCGCCGCGAGCGCAGGCGGUCCUCCUCCUCGCGGUAAACACUACAUACACUACACUAUGACUACCAUACAACACUUAUUUCAUUUUAAAACAGAAGUAGCAACAAAACUAUCGAAAAAGAAUUCUUAAUGAUUUUUAUGUAUGACUAAAAAUAGACUUAAAGAAUGGAAGAAUAUUGCAUUUAAGCUCUGUCAGAAAUCCUUAGAAAGAAUAAUGAUUGGUUGAGAAUACUUUUUCAAUAGCUUUCGUGCUAUUUCUACUUAAUUUUAGUUAAUGAAAUGCCUUCAUUUAUUAAAUUUUGUGAAAGUUAUCAAGACACAUGGAGUUGAGAUGAUGAAAAAGCUAAAGCUUUCCAAUCUUUGGCUGAUAAUGUAUCAAACUUCUAUUACAUGCCAAAAUAUAUAAAAUUAAACCUUUGUUAACACGGAACUAGGGUACUGAAAAGUAAUCAAAGGCCUGUUUCAAAAAACUUGCGCAUUCAUUUCAUCAAAUCAAGGGAGUACUUUUUGAUAUGACACUGCCAAAUAUGUCUUACUAAUAUAAGGUACCAAAAGGUAUUUUACGCUUAAUAUAAGACUUUAAUGUCUGUCAAACGUAGAUAAAAUCAAAAUAAAUUUGUGGUUUAUACAAUUUUUUAACUAAAUCGGAAUAAAAAAUGUCUGCGUUUUAAAUUGUGCCUGAAAAUUUAAUAGACCCAUUGAAAGAGGAGUACCUUUUUAAGGAUUUUGUAUAACCAAGCGUCAAUUUUCCAUAAUCUCAUUAUAAUAGACUAAUGCCUGCUUAGAAACAAUUUUAUGUAAAACUUCCCAUUUGACUGCAGAAGAAUGAAUGUUCCUCUAUGUUACUUUAAAUAACAUAAACUUUAAUUCUGUGUUCACAUUAAUAGUAACACUCCAUUAGUUUAAUAAUCUGUGUUCUUGUCAUUUAUACAUUUUAAAUAACCUUACAUGUAUAAUUAUCGAGUCUUCUGAUAUUAAUUUAGUAUAUUACCUCAUCUUCUCUAUGUGAAAAGUUUAGCCCAGCUGUUGGCAGUAACAAGCUGCUAUAUGGAUUUUUGUCUAAAUGAUUAUGAAACAUAAACUGUAUUCUUAUAAAUAUUAAGUGUCUGUAUUGUUUUGAUGUAUAAAUAAAUGUAUGUUUACUUGGUGUGAAUAUUACGAGCUUAAAUUAGGAUCUUCAACGGUCGAGCGCGCGUCUGUUGCAACUUAGACCAUAUGUCAAAAAUGUAUGGUUGAAUUUUGUUUAGUUACAUCUUACUUGCGAUUGACUGUAGAUAUUUGUGGCAUUUAUUUGCAAAUGGUUAUGCCCUAGUGUACCUAGUUUUGAUUUUAUCAUCAUUUAAAUAUUUUCCAUACAACUAAAUAGUGACAUAGUUUAAGUAAUUUUAUAACGACUGUUCUCUCAAAACUCAGAUGGUUACAAUACAAUUAUAGAGUCCAGUUUUUUUUCUAUACCCAUUUCACACCGUUUUGUAGUAAAUGAGAUGUAAGGAUUUAGUUAUUGAGGAUAACUUAGGUUCUAAGUCAGUGUAAUAAGUUUGUCAGUUCUUCUUAGCUUUGCGUACACGAGACAACCUAUGACUUUAUACUUUGACGCUUCAAGUCUUCAAUGAUGUGGGCCUAUAGGCAAAUCACAUUUUAUAAUAAUAUGCUUUUAGUAACAAGUCCUCAGGUACCGGAAGUAAUGCUUUGCCUCGUGUACGGAGAGCCUUAAACUUAGAGAGGCUUAGGUCGUACGGGAAGCGAGGAGCGAUAUAAUUGACUACGUUCGUGUAUACACAGACAACUGAAAUUAAUUUAUAAAAUCCUGUUAUUAGCGUUCAACAAUUAUAGUAAGUAUGUAUAAAUAAAUGGCUUCCAAAGCACCAUGUUUUGUCCAAGUUUAUAAUUUUUUUUAUUAUACUUAUACUCAUUUUAAAACUCUCCUCGCUCUCUGUGUGACCUCAGCCUUACCGGAGUAUUUUAGUUACUACGAAGUACGACUUUCUUCAAAUUAUUUAGUGUAUAAUGACAGUAGCGUGUGCUAUUUACUAGAAUAAUAAUAAAAUUUAUGAAUUUUGAAAUGA